AUGCGGAAACCAGAUCGGAGCCAAGUUCUGGGAAGUGGUUUGCGCCGAGCACGGGAUCGACUCGAUGGGUCGGUACAACUCGAGCGAGUCAAUGUCUUCUACAACGAGGCCAGUUGCGGGCGGUUCGUCCCACGCGCCGUCCUCAGGGAUAUGAGCCCAGAACCAUGGACAGCGUCGGAUCUAGGCCCUAGGGCAAAGAUCUUCAGGCCGGACAACUUCGUCUUUGGUCAGUCCUCCGCCAGAAACAACUGCGCCAAGGGUCACUACACCGAAGGCGAUGAGUUGAUCGACUCGGUCCUCGAUGUGGCUGGGAAGGAGGUUGAGAACUCGUCUGAUCUAGGCCCUAGGGCAAGAUCUUCAGGCCGGACAACUUCGUCUUCGGUCAGUCUUGCGCCGGAAACAACUGGGCCAAGGGUCACUACACCGAAGGCGAUGAGUUGA